AUGAUUUUUGUCUCCACGUCGUAUGAGUCGAAGAUAACUGGCGAUGAGGGCCUGUACGCUGCCAUUGAGGCCGCACGCCUGGCGCGUGCCCUGCGUGGUGCGACAAUACGUCCGCAUGUAAAGGGAAACCAGCCUAUUAACCCAAACAGCAUUGCGCUCGCUAACGCACCAAAGAAACCGAAAUCGCUUUCACUCUGUGAAAACGCGGUGCAGGAGCUACUAGAGGCAAUCAGUGGUGGUGACAAGGCGGUCUCACAACACCUCCAGCAGGUUUCACUGGCUAUCCCUGAUGAAGCAGAGAUGCAGGAGCUGCGUGCGCUUAUGCCCUUCAUCCAUCAUAUCCAACCUCAUCCAGUGAUGAACUUUGAUGACGUUAAGCGGCUCUCGCAGCUGAUGUCACUACAUGGCGCCGACAUCACGUGCCUCAACUUUGGCAACGGCGCUAUUAUGCCAAAUGAGCACGCAGAGUCCUCGCCUGCGACGGUGAUGGCUAAGAUGGAGGAGCUGAAACAACGCUUUCCACUGCCCACGCUAAAACCGAGAAGGUCCAUUGACAGCGCUGACGAAGAGGAGGAGGAGGAGGAGGAGGCUGAUGUUGAUCUUUCCACCAAUGAAGAACUACGACAGUGGUGCCAAGAUCAACAGCUGGAGUACACAAACUACAAGCACGCCAUCCGUCUUCGAGCGGCGUACGAACUGGAUGCCUUUCGCAACAUCUGUGAGAUGCUCAUGCAGGAUAAGAAGGUUCGGGUCUUGUCGCUGGGUCACAAUGGGCUGGGGACGCCUAACGAGGAGGAGCGAGUCUCACUUGUCCCACUGCGUCUUCUGGCGAAGCUUAUUGAUGCCAAUGAGACAAUCAAAGUGCUAGAUCUGAGUAGCAACGAGUUGGGACCACACGGUUUUGGUGUUAUUGGGAAAGCCCUCACAAAAAAUAUCGCCAUUGUCUCACUUGACCUCUCCGACAAUCAACUUGGUAUGCCGGCAUUGGAGGUGGACGAGGAUCCAGAGUACCAGGAGGAGGACCCCGUCUUUGGGGAGACAUACAGUGGACUCGGGGCAAUCAGUGAGGUGCUGAAGAAGAACAAAUUUCUGCGUCACCUGCGCUUGUGCCACAAUCAGAUUCACAGUGGUGGUGAAGGGGAGGAGCCACCCGUGACAGACCCAGCGGAGAUGGAUCCUGAGAACGAUGCCACCACGCCAGACGUGGAUAGCUGGCAGGAUCUCCCGCUUUGGCAGCUCGUUGGUCCGUUGCGAGAGUACCACCGGCUGCGAGCACUUGAACUGAAAGGAAACGCGUUGGGUGCUGAGGGUGCCCGCAUGAUUGCCACCGCGCUUGCUGAAAACCAUUCAGUUGAGGUGCUGGACCUCACGGACAACGGUAUUGGGUUCCGUGGGCUACACUACAUAGCGAAACUUUUACUGUCAUCACCACACAGCGUUUUGCACACGCUCAUCCUACGGCGGAACAAUCUCGCUGGUAAAAAAGGGAGUAAGUCACAGCAGAGAAUGGCACUGGCUGCCAUGGAAGCGAUGAGUGUGGCGUUGAAUGGAAACACAAAAUUACGCCGUUUGUCAGUCGCUGGCAACUACCUUGGACCCGCUUUGUGCAGCGCCAUGUUGUGCACGAUUGGCACGGCUUCGGCAUUGGAAGAGUUAGACAUCGAGAGUAAUGACGCUUGUGGCGAUGCGGCUGCGCUGCAUGAUACGACGGUAAUGCACUUUAUAGCCUUGGCCCUCUACGGAACAGCUCUCAGCGGUCGUCGCCCGUCGUUAGCGGUGUUGCGUCUCAGCGGCAAUAACAUUCAGGCGGCGGGCCUACGUGUGUUGUUCCCACUCCCUGCGACGAUGCCAACCUCCCUUCGUGAGGUGGAUCUCAGCCGCAACAACAUCCGGGACGGUCUUGAGGCUGUUAAUCAUCUUUUGAUUAGCUCUCCGGUGCUGCGGCGGCUUGUUUUGGCGCACAACAGCGUCACAGCAGCUCCCGCCUUAUAUAACGGCAUCGCUACUAACCUAAACCUCAACGAUCUGGAUCUUUCGCACAAUAAGUUGGGCUCGUUGAAGGAGCAAUACUGUAGAGACCCACUGGCGCAGGUAAAAGGAGUGGAGGGUUUGUUGCAAGUGAUUAUCAAUCACCCUUCGCUUGAGCACAUCAAUCUCAGUUACAACGAGUUCGAGGCUAGGCAUGGGCCUUUGCUUGCAGAGCUUUGCAAUGAAAACAGAUCCGACAAUCACCUGCGGCGAAUUGACCUGAGUGGAAACCCAGAAAUUAAUCAGGAAGACAUUGAUCAAAUGGUGCAGGCUCUAGGAACAAACCCCGGUAUUGAAGCCUUCUACAUAUCCUCUCCUUACCCGGCAUUUGUGGAAAAGGUUGCGAUUGUGCGCCCCGUAGGCCAAGACGCUGCGCUGGACCCUAUGGCCCAACGUAACCAACAGCUGUCGCUUUUGAAGCUGUUGCGAGAAACGGUCUACCAGAGCCCCUCUCUGAUUGACAUCAACUGCGACCUGCAGAAGGGCGUCUUGUACGAGGAGGACACUGAGACGGAUGAGGGCGAAGUAAUUGGAGAAAUGCGACGGCGUUUGCUUUUGAAUGCGAUUCUGAUGUCGUCGAAUCAGUAG